CCGCCGGCCCGUGACCGGCCGCGUCAGGUGACGCGGGUCACGCCGCCUCCCCCGCCCGCUGGGUGCGCGCCCCGCCGGCAGGCUGCGCCGCGCGCUCCGCCGAGCGCCGUGCGGGGGAGGGGAGCGGCGGCGGCGGGGAGCGGCGGCGGGGCACGGCGCCAGCGCGGUACCUGGGCCCCCCCGCGCCCGCGGCCAGGCGCGCCCCGAGGCCGCCCGGAGGCAGAGGGGCCCUCGGAGCCCCGGCGGGACCGCGGCCGGCAUGAGCCAGGUGCCGAGGAAGCUGCCGGAGGAGGAAGAGGGGGACGAGGAGGAGGAAGAGGAGGAGGAGAUCGUGGGCUUGGCGGGCUACGCCGACGGGGCCGAGUCCUCGGACGGUGACGCGGAGAGCGGCGGCGAUGAGGCGUUUUUGGAUUUCAAUGAUCCCUUCAGUACUGAAGUUAAGCCAAGAAUCCUGCUCAUGGGAUUGAGAAGAAGUGGGAAGUCUUCCAUUCAGAAAGUUGUCUUUCACAAAAUGUCACCUAAUGAAACUCUCUUCUUGGAGAGCACAAACAAGAUCUGCAGAGAGGAUGUUUCCAACAGCUCCUUUGUCAACUUUCAGAUAUGGGAUUUUCCUGGGCAAAUUGACUUCUUUGAUCCUACAUUUGACUAUGAGAUGAUUUUCAGAGGCACUGGAGCACUGAUAUUUGUUAUUGAUUCUCAGGAUGAUUAUAUGGAAGCAUUAGCUCGGCUGCAUCUUACUGUGACCAGAGCCUAUAAAGUGAAUCCAGAUAUCAACUUUGAAAUCUUUAUCCAUAAAGUGGAUGGUUUAUCUGAUGAUCACAAGAUUGAAACACAAAGAGAUAUUCACCAGAGGGCAAAUGAUGACCUUGCAGAUGCUGGAUUGGAGAAGAUUCACCUCAGCUUUUAUCUGACAAGCAUAUAUGAUCAUUCUAUAUUUGAAGCAUUUAGCAAAGUGGUACAGAAACUGAUUCCGCAGCUCCCAACACUGGAAAACCUGCUUAACAUCUUUAUUUCAAAUUCUGGGAUUGAAAAAGCAUUUUUAUUUGAUGUAGUCAGUAAGAUCUAUAUUGCAACGGACAGUACUCCAGUGGAUAUGCAAACUUACGAGCUCUGCUGUGAUAUGAUAGAUGUUGUCAUUGACAUUUCUUGUAUAUAUGGGCUUAAAGAUGAUGGCACUGGAACUCCUUAUGACAAAGAAUCAAUGGCAAUCAUAAAACUGAACAAUACAACUGUCCUGUAUUUAAAAGAGGUGACAAAAUUCCUUGCUCUUGUUUGUUUUGUCAGAGAAGAAAGCUUUGAGAGAAAAGGAUUAAUAGACUACAAUUUCCAUUGUUUUCGAAAAGCCAUACAAGAAGUAUUUGAAGUAAGAAUGAAAGUAGUAAGAUCUCGAAAACAUCAAAGCCACAUGCAAAAAAAUAAAAGACCCACUCCCAAUGGGACACCAAGAAUGCCACUGUAACUGAGGUUUCCUGGCAGUGUGGCAAGCAAAGUUUGCCUGAAGUUGAUGUGACUUCUGCAUCUCAUUGCACUGAGUGAAAAGAAAAACAAACGGGACUGAUGUAUUAUAUGAAUUUGCCCUGAAUGUUCAGAAAGCACUGUUUAAAUAUUUUUAUCCAAUCUUUUUUUCAUAUAGUGAGCACUUUGAGCAAAAAUGUUGUAUAUAUAAGCAUUGAGGUGAACACUUGUAAGAAUUUUCUUAAUAUAUGCUGUAAACCUUUUUCAUGCCAUAUUAAGAAAAAACAGCUGUGACAGAAAUACUGGGUACAUAAUUUGCACUUUUUCAUGUUUUACUUGUGGAGUUGGACUUUGAUAAACUUAGUUUUUAUGGUGAUUUUGAUGCAUGGUGUCAGGUAAAAUGUAUGCUGUAGUUUAUUUACCUGCUACAAUCAAAUUGGUUAGUAAACAAUUAAGAAAACUUGGUACAAUGCCUUUAAAAAUUUGUGACAGCUAAUACCUAACAUUCAUACAGAUCUAAUUUCAUAUAUUUUUCAAUUUGUAAACUGAAGAAUAAUUUUGAAGUAUUACAGCAAUAAGCACCUUUCCAGGGAUCAUAACUGGUAGGUAAAUAUUAGCUUUUAUAAAACAGGCUUUUGGCCAGAUUUCAUCUGGAGUUCUCCAUAACACUGGUUGUGCCCUCUAUUGGGUCUGUUUUUAUUAUUUACCUCAGCAUAUACCACUAAAAUACCUUUCUAUAAAGAUAAAUUGUUUUGUAAAAUGGCUCUAUGUUGCACUUGUAUUUUUAUAAGGCUUCAGAGGAGGGUGUUGUAUCUGAAAGUUUGAAUUGCUAAGUUUGAUUUGAGAGCCUGCACAUCUACAGUUGGCACAGUGAAGAAUGUGUUAUGUAUUUCCACCCUGGUGUUCUGAUGUACUGAUAGAAAGUCCUAAAGGUGUUGGCAGUGUGUUCUGGUUCCCUCUAACAGGGGUAUGUCUGUGAUUGAAAUCAAGAAGAGGCCAUUAAAAUGAGGACUGGUCAACCUUACCUGUUGUAGUAAUCAGCGUACAUCACUAAUUUUUAUUUUAAUAUUGAACAUGGGCAGACUUACCACAGGAGCAGCCAGGACAGCAGAGCACUCUCAAACCUAAAAAAGUAAAGCUUAUUUUCUGA